AUGAAAGUACUCUGUCUCGGACUUGGAAGAACAGGCACAGCGUCACUUCGUGUAGCUCUUAAACAACUGGGAUUCCAGGACACCUACCACAUGUUGAAUGCAAGUGCCGAGAACCCACCGGACUGUUUGCUGUGGAGUCAAGCUCUCGCAGCAAAAUAUGACGGCACCGGGGAAAGGUUCAGCAAGGAGAACUGGGAUGCAUUACUUGGCCACUGUCAAGCCGUGUGUGACUGGCCUGCAGCGUCAUUUGCGAGUGAGCUCAUCGAAGCAUACCCGGAUGCUAAAGUAAUUUUAACGACACGCGACGCCGACUCCUGGUACAAGUCAACCAAAGCCACGGUCAACUGGCGAGCCAAAAAGGAUUACUUCCUGUGGGCUUUGUCAUAUGUUGAUUGGGCAUCGUCCAUGUAUUAUCCAAUGCUUCGGAAAUACUGGGAUUCGGUGUUUAUGGGAGAUUUUGAGAAGAACGGAAAAGCCGUCUUUUUAUCCCAUAACGAGCAGAUUCGGGAGCUUGUUCCUCCUGAUAAUCUGCUUGAACUGAGAAUCGGCGACGGCUGGGAUUGGGAGCCACUUUGCAAGUUCUUGGGAUGCCCUAUCCCUGCAGGUCCUUUUCCGCGCGUCAAUGAAGGAGAUUCAUUUCUCAGACGGGUCAAACGGCGAAACUAUUGCCAAGUUUGCAAUGUGCUUCUUCGUUGGUUAAUUUGGGGCAUGGUUGGUUGGGGCUUAAUGCAUGCGAUGCGGGUCCUCACAAGCAUAUGGAAACUUUCUCCUCAAUAG